AUGGCAAAUCAUUCAUUUGUUGAUACAAACAAUCAUUUUCAUAUCAAUAAAGAAAAUAUUAAACUUCAAGAGGAAGAAUUAUCUACAGAAUUAAUUAUUAAAAAUGAAACAAUUGGUGAAAAUACUGCAAUGGAGGUUGGGGAAAUGAAAAAUGAAAAACCAGAAGAUGACAGUAAUGAUUUUGAUAGUGUUGUGAGUGUAAAACAAGAACCUGUUAGUGAAAAUGAUGAACAAUUGUACACAAUUAAUUAUGAAAAUAUUAAACUUGAAAAAGAACUAAAUACAGAACUGAUUAUUAAAGAUGAAAUACUAGAUGAAAACUCUAUUUUAGAACCACAUGAGGUUCAUACUGGAAGAAAAAAUCAAUCAUUUUUGUGUGGCAUUUGUGAUAAAACAUUUACCCAGAAACGUUAUUUAGUUCAACAUAAACGUAUUCACACCGAGGACAAACCAUUUGAAUGUGGAAUUUGUAAUAAAAGAUUUAGCCUUCAAAGGUAUUUAGUUCGACAUAAUCGAGAAAAACUAUUUCCAUGUGAUAUUUGUAAUAAACAAUUUGUCAAUAAAUAUAGUCUAGUUAGACAUCAACGAAUUCACACGGGAGAAAAACCAUUUAUAUGUGAUAUUUGUAAUAAAAGAUUUACACAGAAAGGUACUUUAAUUUCACAUAAACGUACUCACAAUCGAUAA